AUGUCCCCCAAGCCCGCCUGCGUGGUGACCAGCGAGCCGCCCUUUCCGACAGCUUCAGACGCAGCCACCGCCACAGACGUCGGGCUGUACGCCUCUUGUGCCUUGUCCCCGCCCGGCAGCCCCAGCCCUGCGCCGCCGCGGACCUGCGCCGAAAGCGAGGCCCGCGGAGCUCCCAAGAAGGGCAGGGCUCGGCGCGGGGGUCGCAGCCGGCCCAAGAGCGACGCGGCGCUAAGCAGACAGCGGCGUAGCCGGCGCAUGAAAGCCAACGAUCGCGAGCGCAACCGAAUGCACAACCUCAACUCGGCGCUGGACGCGCUGCGCGGCGUUCUGCCCACCUUCCCGGACGACGCCAAGCUCACCAAGAUUGAGACGCUGCGCUUUGCGCACAACUACAUCUGGGCGCUGACCGAGACGCUUCGCAUGGGGGACCACGGUCUCCGGGGGCUAGGGCUGGGCCUGGGGAUGGGCCUGGCCCCACCGCCGCUCCCUUCUGGGGAGCUUAGCAGCCCUGGCAGCGCCUCCUCCGCCGCCGGGGAGUGGGGCUCGUUGUACUCUCCAGCCUCGCAGGCGGGCAGCCUGAGCCCCACCGCCUCUCUGGAGGAGCCGCCGCCCUUGCACUCAGCCGGCUCCCCGGUCUGCCUGGGCCCCGAAGUCCUGUCCUUCCCCGACUUUGUGUAG